CCAGGGACCACCAAGAGUCGCUCCGCAUUUCUGUCGGUUGGCAAUAAAAUUUCCGAUGGUCACUGUUCGCGUCAGCGCGCCGCGAUCAGUCUCGCCGUUCCGCUUUCCUGCCCGAUCUUCUGCUUUUUCUGGAAUUCUCUGGUUCUCCAGCCAUGCAUCUGCUGUGUUUCUUUGUCCUGCUGCUGUGGACCGGUCCGGCGCGCGGUUAUUUCCCGGAGGAGCGCUGGAGCCCGGAGUCCGCGCUGCUCGCGCCGCGGGUGCUGCUCGCGCUGGUCUGCCGCAACUCGGCGCACUCUCUGCCGCACGUCCUCGGAGCCAUCGACCGCCUCAGCUACCCCAAAGACCGCAUGGCUGUGUGGGUGGCCACAGAUCAUAAUUCAGACAACACCACCGCAAUCCUGCGUGAAUGGCUCAUAAACGUCCAGAACUUCUAUCAUUAUGUGGAGUGGAGACCUCAGGAGGAGCCCAGCGUCUAUGAGGACGAGAGUGGCCCGAAGCACUGGACGAACCUGCGAUACGAGCACGUGAUGAAGCUGCGUCAGGCGGCGCUCGACACGGCGCGGGAGAUGUGGGCCGACUACUUUCUGAUGGUGGACUGUGAUAACCUGCUGACUAACCGGGAUGUUUUAUGGAAGCUGAUGCGGGAGAAUAAGACGAUCGCAGCGCCGAUGCUGGAGUCCAGAGCAGCGUACUCAAACUUCUGGUGCGGCAUGACGUCUCAGGGUUAUUAUAAGCGGACGCCGGCCUACAUGCCGAUCCGGAGGCAGGAGCGCAAGGGCUGCUUCGCCGUGCCCAUGGUUCACUCCACCUUCCUGCUGGACCUGAGGAAGGAGGCGUCCCGUGGGCUGGCCUUCUUCCCGCCUCAUCCCGACUACAGCUGGGCCUUUGACGACAUCAUCAUCUUCGCCUUCUCCGCGCGCAUGGCAGAGGUUCAGAUGUACAUCUGUAACAGAGAGACUUAUGGGUAUUUCCCCGUGCCCCUGCGCUCCCAUAAUACCCUGCAGGACGAGGCGGACAGCUUCCUGCACUCGCUGCUGGAGGUUAUGGUGCGCAAUCCUCCAUCAGAGCCGUCCGUGUAUCUCUCUCUUCCUCCGAAACAGCUGGAUAAAAUGGGCUUUGAUGAGGUGUUUAUGAUAAACCUGCUGAGGCGCUCGGACCGCAGAGAGCGCAUGCUGAGGACUCUGUACGAACAAGAGAUCGCCUGCAAGAUCACCGCAGCUGUAGAUGGCAAGGCACUGAACGCCAGUCAGAUCAAAGCGAUGGGGAUCCAGAUGCUCCCCGGAUACAGCGACCCAUAUCACGGCCGGCCGCUCACUAAAGGAGAGCUGGGCUGCUUCCUGUCGCACUACAACAUCUGGACAGAGAUUGUGGAUCGAGGGCUGAAGGCGUCUCUGGUGAUCGAGGACGACCUGCGCUUUGAGGUUUUCUUUAAGCGUCGUCUGCAGAAUCUGAUGGAGGAGAUCGAGUCUCAGCGGCUGGACUGGGACUUGAUUUACAUCGGCCGCAAGCGGAUGCAGGUGGACCGGCCAGAGAAAUCUGUGCCCAGAAUACACAACCUGGUGGAGGCGGAUUACUCGUACUGGACGCUGGGAUACAUGAUCUCGCUGAGCGGCGCUCAGAAGCUGCUGCGGGCCGAACCGCUCAGAAAGAUGCUGCCGGUGGACGAGUUUCUGCCCGUCAUGUACAACAAACACCCCAUCGAGGACUACAUGUCUCACUUCGAGCGGCGGGAUCUGAAAGCGUUUUCGGCCGAGCCGCUGCUGGUUUACCCCACGCACUACACGGGCGACGCGGGCUACAUCAGCGACACGGAGACCUCCAGCAUCUGGGACAACGAAACGGUCCACACCGACUGGGACCGAGCGCGAUCACGCAAGAGCCGCGAGCAGGAGGAGCUCAGCAGCGAGGCGCAGAACUCAGACGUGCUUCAGUCUCCGCUGGACAGCACGGCCCGAGACGAGCUCUGAAACACUGGGACAAACUGCACAAUCACGUCAUCGAGGACAAGUGUUUCAUCAGACGCCACACAACCAUCAGCGAUCAGAUCCACUUUACCAUGUACUUCAGAUGAGAUGAACACCUCGGAUUUCCCUGAAAUGCUUGACUGGAUUCAGGAAUAGUAAAAAUUACGCUAGUUACAGUUGAGGUCAAAAGUUUACAAACCGUUUUAGUAUUUAGUUUAGUUUUAACCUGAUCUGAUGGGUCUAGUUUAAUGCUUGUCAGGAGUCCUGGCUGAUCCUUUGCGCUUUAGUUAAAUUUAUUUGAUUUUUAACAUUUCAUUCCUUUAUUAUUUCACUUUGAACAUGAUUUAAGUGAGCGUUGACUUUCACUUUGUACGUAAAGCUGUUGUUUUGCAUCCCAGAUUAAGGUCAGAAUCAGAUCGGCGUGUUUUUAUCUGAUAGUUUGCUUGCAGAUGACUAAUUUAUUGCUUGUUGAGCUUGUUCGUAGUCUUCAAUGUCAGUGUAAACACAGAGCCGACUGAUCUGUUACCCGUGAUGUGAACCGCACAGAAGUGUUUUACCUUUGGUUUUUAUGUUCUCUGUUUUUUCUUUCAGUUGCCGUAAGAGAUUUGUAUGGGAGAAUAGAAACCAAUUCUCAUUUGUAAGUCGCUUUGGAUAAAAGCGUCUGCUAAAUGAUUAAAUGUAAAUGCAAUUAAAACAAAUCCAUUUUAAAGCUAGCAAAGGAAUGCUUGUGUGGCAAACUAAUGUUUACAUGAUGCUUAAUGUGCUAACUUGAGAAAUGGAUGUUAUGAUAUUUAGUGAAAUGAGAUGAGUGAAAAAAAAAAAUUAUGUAUUGAUCCUUUCUUUCUUUCAUCCUGAAUGUGCCUUUUAUACCAAAGAAUAAAGAUUGGUUUCUUAAAGUCUGA